AUGGCCGACAUUCAAAAUCUCGAGCAACGCUUCGAAAGCAUCACGGUCCAAGAUGAGAACCAGGACAGCAAUGCACCAUACCAGCACAAGCCAAAGGGCUCCCUCAGUCAAGCCAUCUCCCUCUCCAAUCUCGGCACAGCAGCAGCCCAAAGCCGCAUGAAACUCCCUCUCCAAAAACUCCCCGCCAACGCCGCAGGCAAACCAACACAAACGACCCUCUCAACAACCAUCACAAAGAUCACCCUCCCCUCCCAAGCCGCCCAACGCCCCUCCGCCGAAUCCCGCCCCUCCGACCCCGACCCCCUCAGCCAACCCACCGACAACCCCAAACCCAAGCCCAAAAACUGGCACCUAGGCAUGUUCGAAAUCGGCAAACCGCUAGGAAAAGGAAAAUUCGGCCGCGUCUACCUCGCCCGCGAACGCAGCACAGGCUUCGUGUGCGCGCUCAAAGUCCUGCACAAAUCCGAGAUCCAACAAGGAAAAGUCGAAAAACAAGUCCGUCGCGAGAUCGAGAUCCAAUCGAACCUCGCCCACACAAACAUCUUGCGGUUAUAUGGCCACUUCCACGACACCAAGCGCAUCUUCCUCAUCAUCGAGUUCGCACGCCAGGGCGAGCUGUACAAGCACCUCCGCAAGGCCGGCCGCUUCCCCGAGUGGCAGGCCGCGCAGUACAUCGCGCAGAUGGCGAGCGCGCUGAAGUACAUGCACAAGAAACACGUCAUGCAUCGCGAUAUCAAGCCCGAAAACAUCCUCGUGGGCUUGCACGGCGAGAUCAAGAUUUCGGAUUUCGGAUGGAGUGUCCAUGCGCCGAAUAACCGUCGCAAUACCAUGUGCGGCACCCUCGACUACCUCCCUCCGGAGAUGAUCAAACCCGGGCGGGAGGAGAACUGGUACAGCGAAAAGGUCGAUUUGUGGAGCUUAGGCGUCCUGACAUACGAGUUUCUUGUCGGCGAGGCACCCUUCGAGGACACGCCCGUCAUGACGCAGCGACGGAUCGCGAGGGGCGAGAUGACGAUCCCGCCGUUUGUGAGCGCCGAGGCGAGGGAUUUGAUCAAGAGGUUGUUGGUGUUGGAUCCGGACAAGAGGUUGAGUUUGGAGGAGGUCGAGGUGCAUCCUUGGAUUAUCAAGCAUUGUGUCAAGGGGGAGAGGCAUUAUCAGAGGACGAGUGGUGGGGAGGGGAAGAAGGAGAAGGUUGUGCAGUGA